GUCAGUUCAGUUUUUACCCGAUACCGAAUGUCGUAAGAAUAAUGUUGGCGCGCCUCGUUCUAAUUUUUGCCUUCCUGACUCUGUCUUCUAUUAGCAGCGGCAGUGCAGCUCCGAAUGGACGCAUUGUUGGUGGCACGGAUGCCAAUAUAGGCCAAUUUCCCCAUCAGGUCUCCCUGCAACGUGAAGAUGGAUCACACACCUGCGGCGGUUCUAUCAUAAGCGAAAAUUUCAUUCUAACAGCAGCUCAUUGUGUUGUUGUUGGUAAUGGCAUUGAACCCUACCCCGCCAGGUACUUCCAAGUGCGCGUCGGCAGCAUUCAACGUGCAGCCGGUGGAAAAUUAUUACAAUUGAAGCGCAUCAUCGUCAACAAGACAUACGGCAAUUUCUUGAAUGACGUAGCACUUUUGGAACUGGAGCAACCAUUGGUCUUCACCGAUAAUAUAAAAGCUAUCGAAAUGGCCAGUGAGGAAGUGCCCUCUGGUGAAGAUGUUGGUAUCUCGGGUUGGGGACGUUUAUACACUGGCGGCCCAAUUCCACAUCGUCUGCAAUUUAACACACUGAAGGCGUUGAAUACCGAGGAAUGCGACGCAUCAAUUCAGAUGGGACAUGAUUCUAUAAUUUGUCUAGCCCAUCAAGCUGACAACGGCGCUUGCAAUGGUGACUCUGGCGGCCCAGCCACCUACGAGGGUAAAUUGGUGGGUGUAGCCGGUUUUGUGGUGAAUGGUUGUGGAAGCACUUAUCCAGACGGGUAUGCUAAAGUGGCCUAUCAUCGCGAUUGGAUCAGAUCUUAUAUUGGCGCAUAAAAUAGUGGGAGGAAGACCAUGUAAACUAAAAAAAAGAGCAAAUGAAAAAAUUAAUGUAUAAAUGCUUUUUGAAAACUCCAUGGGGUGAUAGCAACUUCAAGUCCAAGAAUUGAUUGACCUCUAAAAAUUUGUGUUAUAUCUUUGAGAAUAAAGCAAAAAUACUCGUAUGUAGGCAAAUUUAUAGGCUGUGAGUUGAUGAUUUCUUCUUCAAUACUGGCUUUGAAGACCAGCAACUUACAAAAUUUGUGGCUUAUUGUGCGAAAUUCCAGCAAGCCCUCAAAAGAAAAAGUCUGACGAUCUGGUCG